AUGGCGGAAAAGAGCAACACCAUGGUUCCAGUUUACAACAGCACCAAAACAACCAACGGCGGUGAGGUACUACUUCUUCCUUUUACCGAAGAUCACAAACCGCAGUUUCCGCCCAUCGUUUCAUCUUACAACGAUAAAAUACGUCCCAUUCUUGAUGCCGUCGACAAGCUCCGUCGUCUCAAAGUCACCCAAGAAGGCAUCCCUCUUCCAGCCAUCGUCGUUGUUGGAGACCAGUCCUCCGGCAAGUCCAGCGUUCUAGAGUCGCUUGCCGGCAUAAGUUUGCCGCGUGGACAGAACAUCUGCACACGAGUACCUCUGAUCAUGAGGCUUCAAAACCAUCCAGAUCUUGUCCCAGAACUCCUUCUGGAGUAUCAGAAAAAAUCGGUUACAAUCAUGGAAGAAAGCCAGAUUUCGGAUGCCAUCGAUAAGGCCACCGUGGAGAUAGCCGGAGAUAAUAAAGGGAUAUCAAAUGUACCCUUAACUUUAGUCGUCAAGAAGAAUGGUGUUCCAAAUCUCACCAUGAUUGAUUUGCCCGGAAUAGCUCGGGUUGCUGUGGGUGAUCAACCGGAAAACAUUUACGAACAGAUUUCAGAUAUGAUAAUGGAGCAUAUUAAGCCAGAAGAGAGUAUCAUUUUGAAUGUUCUUGCUGCAAAUGUUGAUUUUGCAACAUGUGAAUCGAUUUGCAUGUCACGACGUGUUGACAGCACAGGACAAAGAACUUUAGCCGUGGUAACCAAAUCCGAUCAGUCGCCGGAGGGCUUACUUGAGAAGGUAACGUCAAAUGAUGUCAACAUCGGACUUGGCUAUAUCUGUGUUAGAAACCGGAUCAAAGAUGAGACCUAUGAAGAGGCUCGAAUGCAAGAAGCCACUCUUUCAAACUCACCCAUUGUUGUCCAAGAUGGACAAGUCCAUUAUAGGUAUUCCUGUAUUGGCACGUAG